UGGUGCGGCCUGUGGUCAUGGCGCUGUUCCCGGCCUUUGCAGGCAUUAGUGAGGCUUCCCACAGCGGCAGCGCCAGGAAAGAAUUGGACUGGCUGAACAACCCAAGCUUCUGCGCUGGAGCCGCAGCCUCUCUGAGCCGGCAGAGCGAAGCGGCCUCGGCCCUGCUCUCCGAGGGGUCACCGCUGACCAGGAGCCCUCUGAAAUCAGAGCCUUCGGAUGAAAGUGACACUAACAAAAAGCCCAAACAAGCAAGCAGAAAGAAGAAGAAAGAGAAAAAGAAGAAAAGGAAGCAUCACCACAAGAAAACCAAGAGAAAACACGGGCUGUCCAGUAGCAGUGGGUCUGAGCCUGAUAGUGAUUCCGAAAAGGACAAAACUCGCAGAAGCCUUGGAGACAGUAGAAAGGAAUCCGAGAAACCAAAUCGAGAAGGGGCUGCCGCCGCUGACACUGGGCACCGCUUUGUCUGGCUUGAGGAUGUUCAGGCCCUCACAGGGGAAACCUUCAGAACAGAUAAGAAACCAGAUCCUGCAAACUGGGAGUAUAAGUCUCUCUACCGAGGAGACAUAGCAAGAUACAAGAGGAAAGGAGACUCCUGCCUCGGCAUUAACCCUAAGAAGCAGUGUAUAUCCUGGGAGGGGCCCACCGCAGAAAAGAAGCAUUCACGCAAACGCGUUGAGCGCUAUUUUACGAAGAAGAGUGUGGAACUAAUGAAUGUUGACGGAGUCGCCGUUGGCAGUAAACCCGAAUCUCCCUCAUCUGAGCCAGUUUCAUUUAUCCCAGUGAAGGUCGCCGAUGAUGGGGCUGCUCCUGUCAAGACCUGGUUGAACCCUCUGGGGAUUUACGAUCAGCCCACCAUGCAGUGGUUACAAGGGCAGGGUCCUCCAGAGCAAGAAUCAAAGCAGCCAGACCUGCAGACAGACAGAGAGAGUGCCCUGCUCAAGGCCAAGGUGGAGGAGUUUAACCGGAGAGUUCGGGAGACUCCCCAUGAUAUUCAGCUGUGGAUGGCAUUCGUUGCUUUUCAGGACGAGGUGAUGAAGAGCCCUGGCCUGUACGCCAUUGGGGAAGGAGAGCAGGACCGACAGAAUCGGUCUCUGAGGCUGGUGCUGGAGAAGAAGCUGGCCGUCCUGGAGCGCGCCAUCGACAGCAACCAGAGCAGCGUGGAGCUGAAGCUCGCCAAGCUGGCGCUCUGCUCCGAGUUCUGGGAGCCCUCCGCUCUGGCCAGAGAGUGGCAGAAGCUCAUCUUCCUGCACCCCAACAACACAGCCCUUUGGCAGAAAUACCUUUUAUUUUGCCAGAGCCAGUUUAGCACCUUUACGGUCUCCAAAAUUCACAGUCUUUACGGAAAAUGCCUGAGCACCCUGUCCGCUGUGAACGACGGCAGCAUCUUGUCACACCCUGCCUUGCCGGGCACCGAGGAGGCCAUGUUUGCUCUCUUCCUUCAGCAUUGCCACUUCCUGCGGCAGGCCGGUCACUCGGAGAAGGCGGUCUCCCUGUUCCAGGCCAUGGUCGACUUCACCUUCUUCAAACCCGACAGUGUGAAAGACCUGCCCACCAAAGGACAGGUGGAAUUCUUUGAGCCCUUCUGGGACAGUGGGGAGCCCCGGGCUGGGGAGAAGGGCGCCCGAGGCUGGAGAGCGUGGAUGCACCAGCAGGAGCGCGGCGGCUGGGUGGUCAUCAGUCCAGAUGAUGAUGAUGAUGAGCCGGAAGAUGAGGACCAGGAAAUAAGAGAUAAGUCUCUGCCCCGGUGGCAGAUCUGGCUUGCCGCCGAGCGGUCCCGAGACCAGAGGCACUGGCGGCCGUGGCGCCCCGAUAAGACCAAGAAGCAAACCGAGGAGGACUGUGAGGAUCCGGAGAGACAGGUGCUGUUUGAUGACAUCGCACAGUCUAUGAUCCGUCUUUCCAGCCAGGAUCUUCAGUUUCAGCUGGUUGCGGCCUUUCUGCAGUUCCUGGGGGUGCCUUCUGGCCUCAGCCCUCCAGCCUCCUGCCUCUCCCUGGCCAUGGAUGAGAACAGCAUCUUCGAUAAUGGACUUCAUGACGAAAUGCCUCUGACUUUUCUCAACCUUUCCUUCUCCGGUGUCAGCUGUGUUGGCCGCUCGGACCCACUGGGCUGCCGGCGCUGGAUGCGGGGUCACAAUCGAGAGGGCGAGGAGUUCAUCCGCAACAUCUUUCACCUUGUGAUGCCUUUGUUUUCAGGCCAGGAGAGGUCUGAGCUCUGCUUCUCCUGGUUACGGUAUGAGAUUGCGAAGGUCAUUUGGUGUCUGCACACUAAAAACAAGAAGAGGCUAAAGUCACAAGGAAAGAACUGCAAAAAACUGGCCAAAAAUCUUCUUAAGGAGCCAGAAAACCGCAACAACUUCUGCCUCUGGAAGCAGUAUGCACAUCUGGAGUGGUUGCUUGGCAACACGGAGGACGCCAGGAAGGUGUUCGAUACGGCGCUCAGCAUGGCGGGGGGCAGAGACCUGAAGGACCGGGAGCUGUGCGAGCUCAGCCUCCUGUACGCUGGGCUCGAGGCGGAGCUGUUGCCAGACUCGAGAGGGGCCGCCGCCGCGCGAGCCGUUCACAUACUGACCAGACUGACUGAGCACGGGCCCUACGGGCCCUACUCCGGGCAGGUGCUGGCUGUUCACAUCUUGAAAGCUCGCAAGGCUUAUGAGCAUGCGCUGCAGGACUGUUUGGGUGACGGCUGUGUCCCUAGUCCAGCUCCCAGCGACUCCUUUACCCUCCUGAUCAGCCUGGUGAAGUGCUUCAUGCUCUUCCAGUAUCUGACGGUGGGGAUCGAUGCGGCCGUGCGGGUGUACGAGCAGGUGUUUGCAAAGCUGAAGGGCUCCGGUCGCCCAGGGGGCUGUGGCUCGGGGGGCUGUGCCGGCGCCCAGAGCCCGCGCGACGCGCUGGAGGCCGUCACGCUGAUGCACACCAGCCUGCUCCGGUUCCACAUGAAGGUCAGCCCUUACCCGCUGGCUCCCCUGCAGCAGGCCCUCUCCGAGGCCUUACACUUGUACCCAGGCAACCAGGUGCUUUGGAGGGCGUACGUACAGAUUCAGAGCAAGUCCCACACGGCCAGUAAGGCCAGGAGAUUCUUCAACGCAGUUACCAGGUCUACCAAACUCUUGGAGCCUUGGUUGUUUGCGAUUGAAGCUGAGAAAAUGAGGAAGAGGCUGGUGGAAAGCGUUCAGAGGGUGGAUGGGAGAGAGGUCCACGCCACGAUUCCCGAGACCGGCUUGACACACCGCAUCAGAGCCCUGUUUGAAAACGCGCUGCGGAGCGACAACGGCAGCCAGUGCCCCUUGCUGUGGCGGAUGUACUUGAAUUUUUUGGUGUCCUUAGGAAACAGAGAGAGGAGCAAAGGCGUGUUCUACAAAGCGCUUCAGAGUUGUCCCUGGGCAAAGGUGCUGUACCUGGACGCCGUGGAGUACUUCCCCGAAGAGCUGCAGGAGGUGCUGGACCUGAUGACGGAGAAGGAGCUCCGGGUGCGCCUGCCGGCCGAGGAGCUGGAGCUUCUGCUCGAGGACUAGGGACCAGGAGGGACGGGUCCCCGCCUGCCCCCGCCGGAGCCAGGACCACAGGAUGCGGACGCAUGCGUGUGAGCCUGUUAGGAGACCUAUGCUUUUCAAGUUUAAUUCUUAGUAAUCUGUGUCCGGGUUAUCAGUCUUCUACCUCUUGCACAUGUUUUGGAUGUGUAAAGGACACAGAAGCUAUUGUUUACAUAUUAUAUAUGUGACCGUGUGUAUGUAGGUAACAAUUAUGCCAAGUGAAAAGGAAACCUGUCGUGGUUGGCGGGCGGAGGUCCGCUCUGCGCCUCACUGGCCGGCCGGCCGGCGCCCGCCCUGGGAACGUGCCCCGUUGGCAUCCUUGCUGUCCUGCCGUCGGGGUAAGAAAGGUCUGGUUACUCAGCACUAGGGCCUCUCCCCGCAGCUGGUUAUAGCAGGACAGAUUUUGCCCUAAGAGCCAUUUAAAACUUGGUGUUCUGA